ACGGGGAGUGGAAGAAUUAAAUGAAACUGGGAGGGCCUUAAACUAGGGGGCAAGGGCUUGGUGGGCGAGGCCUUAAGGGAUGUGUAGUCUGUGUGGGCGUGGUCUUUUGGCUACGGGAGAUCUGGUACCGAGUGGGCGGGGCCAUUAUGAGGCGGAGCCUGGCGUGGAAUUCUUCGCUCCCUUCUGCUAUGCAGCAUGGGGCAUCGUACUCUAGCUUCUUUCCCGGCCCUGUGGGCCUCCAUCCCCUGUCCACGCUCGGAGCUGCGCCUGGACCUGGUUCUGGCUUCCGGACAGUCCUUCCGGUGGAGGGAACAAAACCCUGCGCACUGGACUGGAGUGCUGGCGAACCAGGUAUGGACACUGACCCAGACUGAGGACCAGCUCUACUGUACUGUGUACCGAGGCGACAAGGGAUGGGUUGGCAGGCCUACAUCAGAAGAGCUAAAGACUGUGCACCAGUACUUCCAGCUGGAUGUCAGCCUGGCUCAACUAUAUCACCAUUGGAGUUCUGUGGACCCCCACUUUCAAGAGGUGGCUCAGAAAUUCCAAGGUGUACGACUCCUGCAACAGGACCCUAUCGAGUGCCUUUUCUCCUUCAUCUGUUCAUCCAACAACAACAUUGCUCGCAUAACUGGCAUGGUAGAACGGCUCUGUCAGGCCUUCGGACCUCGGCUCAUCCAGCUUGAUGAUGUCACCUACCAUGGCUUCCCCAGCCUGCAGGCCCUGGCUGGGCCAGAGGUAGAGGCUCAGCUCAGGAAGCUGGGCCUGGGGUACCGUGCGCGCUACGUGAGUGCCAGUGCUCGAGCCAUCCUAGAAGAACGGGGUGGGCUACCCUGGCUGCGGCAGCUGCACAUGGCCCCCUAUGAGGAGGCCCACAAGGCCCUCUGCACCUUGCCCGGGGUGGGCACCAAGGUGGCUGACUGCAUCUGCUUGAUGGCCCUAGACAAGCCCCAGGCCGUGCCCGUGGAUGUCCACAUGUGGCAGAUUGCCCAGCGUGACUACAGCUGGCACCCCACCACGUCCCAGGCCAAGGGUCCAAGCCCCCAGGCUAACAAGGAACUGGGAAGCUUUUUCCGGAGCCUGUGGGGACCUUAUGCUGGCUGGGCCCAAGCACCUCCCAGCCGUGACUCCAUGCCUCUCUCUGCACCCUGAGAGCCCUUUCUGGAAGGCAGGUUACUGCUGAAAAUCCUUCUGGAGCUCGCCAGUAUCUUCAGGACUGAGUCCGUUCUCCACUGUGGCACUCGAGGCCUCUACCUGCAUUUCCAGUCUGGGCUCCUGCCCCGCAGCCCCUCCAGUCCGUCCGGGCUUACUGAACACGUGUACCUCCCUGAAUGGCCACAUUCUCCCUCUCUUGCCUCUGGCCCUCUGCAUGCCAGUUCCCUUUGCCUCAGACAUGAUUCUGCUGUACCUGGCUAAUUCCUACCUAGCUGUCGAGUCUGAUAGGUCUGUCAGGCCAUCAGCAUCCUUCCAGGACCCCAGAGAUUGGAGUAGAUGUCUCUAAGAGUUAUACUGUUCUCCCUCUAGACUUGGAGGUCAGGGACUCUCACUGGGAUAGAGUAGGUGUCAGGGAGUGUUGAAUGAAUGAAUGAAUGAAUGAAUGAAUGAAUGAGGUUCUUUAGUAAGCAUCCCUGAGCAGUCACUGUGUGCUUGACUUGAUGCUAGGUGCUGUGGGAGCUGAGGUCUGGAGUGGGGUGGGGAGGACGCCUGGGGAGGCUGGGACCCAGGAUUAGGAACUCACCUUCCACUUGCUCUUGGCAAAAUUCUUCUUGAUCUGCUCACUCACCGACUGGUGAAUAUUCUUAUCUAGAGCCGUAUCUCCUGCAAUCCUAGGAUGGGGGUGUGUGGAGGGUUGUCUGUGAAGGCAGAGGCAGGUUUGAGGGCCCCAGACCCCAUCCCAGCUUGCAGCUUGUGGGAGCUCUCACCAUGGGUGCUGCAAGGCCUGUUCACAGGUGAACCUCUUUUCAGGAUCCUUCUCCAUCAAGUGCUGGAUGAAGUCUUUGGCUGAACCCCCAAGGCAAAGGCAAAGACAGAAACAGCAUGGUGGUGCCUGUGGACACCCCCAAGACAAAACCCACCCCCUCAGGUCUGGCCUGGCAUUUAAGCAAGACAAGAGGCCAGAUCUGUCCAUCCACCACCCGACCCCACUUGUACUCUUUCUCUAAGCCCCCCGCCCACCGCAGCCUUCCAGCUCUCUUUUUCCCUUAUGAAAAACUUGUUCUUAAAGAAGGUUCUACUCAGUGUAUUCACACUGAUGUGUAAGUGACUGAUAAUGGCUUCAUAGGUUUGCCUCCUAAUAGGCACAAAAGGACAGAUGAAAACCUUUAUGGUGGUGUUUUAGGCAUUAGGAAGUCAAAUGGAUGAGGUAUUUUCAAAAAUACUAUUUUUGAAGGCUGAAUGAAUGCAUGCCUACAAGCUUCUCAGACCGGGGGCUAGGCAGAGGGAAGCACCUGGGGUGGGGUGUCUGGUCUUGAAGACAGCUCUCAGUUUGGGGCUGGGGAAUCUGACCAAAGGCAGGCAGUGAAGAGACCCCAAAACAGAUGUGAAAGGCACCAGAGGUAGGGCCCAGGGGAAGAAGGCAAAGUCUCAAAUACCAGAGUCAGAGAUGUCGUCCCAGUAAGGAGAGUCAAACUCGUACUCGGCCUUCAAAAUCUGUUCAAAGAGUUUGGCAUCAUUCUCGUCAUAGAAGGGGGGGUAACCGCAGAGCCUGGGCAGGGAGAAACUCAUCCUCAUAUCCACUUUCAGUGCACCCAUUGGCUCCAGGAUGGGGCUUUGGGGCAGUCUCGGGUCAGGCCGCACCCACAGGGGGGAGUUCCCCCUUUUACAAAGAGGGGAUAUCUGCCCCUCUCUGAUUUUUUUCAUUCCUGUCCAGCUACACUAGCCUUUCUGUUUCUUAAUUUGCUACCAUCUUCCCUUCCUCAGGGCCUUUGCACUUGCUGUUCCUUCUGCCUAAACCAUUCUUCCCCCACACCUCGAAUGUCUGGCUCCCUCACUUCAUUCAGGAGGCUAUUCAAAUGUCACCUCCUAAGAAAGGACUUUCCUGACCUCCUUAUCUAAAAUGGCAUCCAUCCCCAUCUCCCUACCCUGCUUGAUUUUUCUUCAUAGUAUCUUAAUACCUGACAUUAUUUUAUAGAUUUAUUUACUUGUUUAUUAUCUAUCUCCCCUACUAGAGUUUUUCCUCCCUGAGGGCAGGCACUUUGUUUUGUUCUCUGCUAAAUCCCCAGUGUUUAGCAUAGUGCCAGAAACAUAGUAUGUAUUGAAUGAAGUAAUCUUACUCAUUAAUUGGUAGAUACAAACAUAGGCGGCAGGAAAGAAGAAAUAGCAGAGAGGAGGAAGAGAGCAAAGUAGGGGAGAGGAGAAUGCUGGAGCCACAUGCCCCAGUGGCCAAGCCCCCACUCACAGAAUGUAGGCAAUGACCCCAAUGGACCAGCAAUCCACUGCCUUGCUGUAGGGCUUCUGGGCCAGGACCUCAGGGGCUAUGGAGGGAAAGGGACAUGGUGGUGACAAAUCUCUGCCCUGCAGCUCCCGAUUCCUCCCCUACAUAUGGCCCCAGCCCAGGAUGCUCCAUACCCACGUAUCCUGGGGUUCCACAGGCUGUGGAGAGCACACUGCCAGGGUCCUCCAUCUUGGAGAGACCAAAGUCAGAGAUCAUGAUCUUGGAGUCUUCAUCCAGGCUGUAGUACAACAGAUUCUCUGGCUUGGAAGGGGGAGGGAAAGGAAGAGGCAGAGAUGGCCAGACGCUGGCAGAACCAUCUGCCUCCCCAAGCACCCCUCAAAAACUGAGAAAGCCACUGUGGCUUCACGGCUGCCAUCUUGGUUGAAGGCACAUGAAACUCAAGGAAGUUCUCAAGGAGGUUAAAAGUACCAGAAAGGACAAGGGCCUCGGGAAUGUGAGAAGGAAUUUUCUAUAAACUUCAGGUUUAUAUUGUGAGCCCUGAAUAAUUUUUGAGCACCUACUGUGUGCCAGCACUAGCUUGAUUUCAUUUCAUCCUUACCACAUCCCUGUCAGGCCAAUCUGAAUAAUCCCCCUUUACAGAUGGGAAAACUGAUGCCUUGAGAAGCAAAGUGACUUGCCUGAGAACCUACAGUUAGGGAGUAGUAGGGACAGAAUUCAAGCCCAGAUCUGUUUCACCCCAGCGCUCUUCUAGACCGGAGGAGAUGUGCUACAAAAUGUGAAUCCAUCAUAGUCUCUGAGGUGUAGGAUUUCAGGGGUUUCUGGCUUCCUUCUUUAUGUUUUGCUGUCCCCUCCAAGUUUUCUACAAAGAGCAAGGGGGACUUUUAUUAUGAGAAAAAGACCUAGCCGUUAUUUGGACAAAAUACCAGCUCCAUUCACCUUUGUAUCCAUUUAAGUGUCCAAACUGGAAGGGGAGGAGGCAGUUUAGGCUUUACAGGGUGCAUUUUGCAGAAGGGAAGCCAAAGCUCAGGGAAGGGGUAAGAGUUGCCCCAGGUCAUACAGUGAGGGGUUUGCGGAGGUCCCACCCGGCACCCCAGCUCACCACACACCCUCUCACCCCACCUUGAGGUCUCGGUGUACGAUGCCCAGGUCAUGCAGGUACUUGACGGCAUCUAGCACCUGGAAGAUGAGGCGGCUGGCGUCCCGCUCCGUGUAGAAGCCUUUCUCCACAAUGCGGUCAAACAGCUCCCCGCCGGACACCCUGCAGCCGGGGACAGGACAGUCUGGCCACAGAGGCUAGGGAGGGGCAGCAGGAAGAGGUGUGAGCAAGGGGUGAGGCCACUCACAGCUGCAUGAUGAGGUAGAGGUGACCCCCACUCUCAUAGAUGUCAUCCAGGGCUACAAUGUUGGGGUGCUUGAUCCUGAAAGGAGAAAUGAGGUAGUUCAGAGCUGAGGACAGCUCAGCCACUUCGCUACCCUCACCUCGAAAGGCCACUACUGCAGACCUGGGCAGGACAAACCAGAGUUCUGUCCCAAAAGGAAAAGCUGAUUUACCACAAUUUAUUAUGAUGUAAUGGAAGGUAGGAGAGCACAGAGAUAAACAAACACUGGGCCCUGGCGUCGGACCCAUUGGACUGGGUCUCACCUGCCUCUAGUGCGUGCUGUUUGGGGGCAAGUCUUUUCACCUUGCAGCACUGAUCAAUACACGAUUUUAAAAUGUUUCUGUGUUUAUAAGUCUGUCAGCCUCCGCCACCAGAACACCAGCUCCAGGAGACCAGGGGCUUUAUCUUACCAUUGUUCCUCCCACACCUGGGGUAGAGUAAGUGCUUACUUAUUCAUUGAAUAUUAAGCCUCAGUUUCCACAUCUAUAAUAUGAAGCCAAUGACUUCCCUCAGUACUUCCCUCAAAGAGUUGGGGUGAGGAUGACAUAAGAAAACGCAGAUAAGAAUCUUGGCAUAAUGCCUGGUACACACUGAAUGCUCAAUAAAUGAACCAAUGAUGGUGACUGAGCUUGACAGAAGCCAUGGCUCUGCCACAAAGUUGCUGUGUGACCUUGGGCGAAUCCCUUACCCUCUCUGGGCCUCAGUCCCCUCCCGGAACCCAGUAGUGGAAAUUAUCAUUUCAUCCCUGCCCAGGGUGGUUGGAAAGCUCAGGAGAGAGGAUGGAAGUGAAGGUUCUCUAUCAGCUUUCCAGUGAGGGCAGGAGGUUUCACAUCAGUAUGAGCUAAUCAUAGACUAGUUGGUUAUUUAAUCAGAGGGUCAUGAGACAGGCAUUUUUUAACUUCCUGAGUGGCUUGGCUUUAAUACAUAGGGGGGAACUUGAGGUAGGUCUACGAUCGCACCAGUUGAGAUACAUUGCUUUGAGCCACAUUCAAGGAUUGGCUUUUAGAUCUGACUGAACAGAUUAAACUGUAAAUAAGCAGUGGCAUUUCAGUCACAUCUGUCAUGUUAACUGCUGCACCAGACACAUGAAAUAAAGGAACCUCUAGGGACGCCUGGGUGGCUCAGUCGGUUGGGCGGCUGCCUUUG